GAUGCAGUUUUCUCGCGAACUCGACUUAGUGCAUAUAAGUUUUGCCCGAUGCCUGAAAGCGUUGAUUGUGUUUUCGACCGGGUAACUGGAUCCGUACGUUCGAUUUUUGUAGAGGAAUCAUCAUGAGGUGCGCUUGUGUUUUGCUCGUGUUGGUGAUCUGUGUUUGGGGCACCUCGGGUCAAAGGGUCGGGGAGGGAGACGUCUCGCGUUUGCUGACCAACCGGGAUUACGUCAACCGGCAGAUCAACUGCGUCCUGGAUAAAGGCAGUUGUGACAACAUCGGCCGACAGCUCAAACAGGCCAUUCCUGAAGUGCUGGGCCGUCAGUGCAAGAGCUGUUCCGCACGCCAACUGGACAAUGCUCGAAAAGUGGUCAACUACAUCCGGAGCAACUACCCGGGACCUUGGAGUCAAAUCGAAGCCAAAUACGGCCGAGCAGCCUUUUAGGAGGAUCCAAAAUUCUACCAGAUCCGAGCUCUUUGUCUUAAUUCUAGGGGCUAAUCAUCGUUGUUGACAUAUUGUUGUUGAAACCAUAAUGAUCAUGUUUUCGAGUAAAACGUGGAAAAAAAA